AUGGGAGUCACGUUCGGCAAGGAAAAACAUGCUGUCUCCGGUUACUCGCACUUCAGUUACGUCACUUGGCGAACAUGGAAGCAAUACAUGGAGAUGAAACUGCACCAUGCUUAUAUUUCCUCCUUUUUUUCUCCUUUCUCUGUGUCUCUGUGCCUAUCUACCACCCCCGAGAGGACCACUCCUCCACAACAAGAAAACACCUCCGCAGCAGAUGCACCUCCAGCAAAGCGAUUCGACGCAUUCACCACUGGUUUCGGACACAGCAAACGCAACAUGAAUGAAAUUGACAGACCUGCCUUGGGAUUCAGCAAGAAGAACUUUGAUGAGAUCGACCGCGCCGGCAUGGGAUUCGCUAAGCGCAACUUUGAUGAAAUUGACCGCGCUGGAAUGGGCUUCGCCAAGCGUAACUUUGAUGAAAUUGACCGCGCUGGAAUGGGCUUCGCCAAGCGCAACUUUGAUGAAAUCGACCGAGCUGGAAUGGGCUUCGCUAAGCGCAACUUUGAUGAAAUCGACCGCGCUGGAAUGGGCUUCGCCAAGCGCAACUUUGAUGAAAUCGACCGAGCUGGAAUGGGCUUCGCCAAGCGCAACUUUGAUGAAAUCGACCGAGCUGGAAUGGGCUUCGCCAAGCGCAACUUUGAUGAAAUUGACCGCGCUGGAAUGGGCUUCGCUAAGCGCAACUUUGACGAAAUUGACCGAGCUGGAAUGGGCUUCGCCAAGCGCAACUUUGACGAAAUUGACCGCGCUGGAAUGGGCUUCGCCAAGCGCAACUUUGAUGAAAUUGACCGCGCUGGAAUGGGCUUCGCUAAGCGCAACUUUGAUGAAAUUGACCGCGCUGGAAUGGGCUUCGCUAAGCGCAACUUUGACGAAAUUGACCGCGCUGGAUGGGCUUCGCUAAGCGCAACUUUGACGAAAUUGACGCGCUGGAAUGGGCUUCGCCAAGCGCAACUUUGAUGAAAUUGACCGCGCUGGAAUGGGCUUCGCCAAGCGCAACUUUGACGAAAUUGACCGCGCUGGAAUGGGCUUCGCUAAGCGCAACUUUGAUGAAAUUGACCGCGCUGGAAUGGGCUUCGCUAAGCGCAACUUUGACGAAAUUGACC